AAACGUUUGAAGCUAAAGUAACGAUGACAACGAAUAUGGACAUUGGAUGAGAGAGCGAACAAUAAUGGUUGAAAAAGCCUUGGGAGAAAUGAAAUACAUCACAACUAUCCAACAACCUUUGCCGUUAUGAUCGGUGCGUCUAGUCAGUCAGGGGACACGCUGGUAGCAUGUCAUUUCCCUGUGGUGCAGCUGCCCUCGUGGCAGCUUCCUGUCCAGUGCAGCUCAGAGAAGAGGCCCAGUCGCUUGUUCUCGGUGGGACUAACCCGAGCCGUGUCCCUGCCUGAGAGGGACUCCCUGAACAGAGAACAUGCCUAUGAUGGUGUGCGCAGACAUUUGUCCAGCAGCUACAGCAGUCUGACAGAGGAGCGCACAGAGGAGGAGGGCACCAGUGACAGCAGUGGCAGGUACGAGCCCUCCUCCUCCCCAGAAGACAGCAGCUUUCAGCUCAGGAGGGCCCCCUGUCAGGUGAAAGCCUGUGUGCGCUCUCACAACUCCUUUCUCCCUAGCUCAGAAAUGGAUGAGGACGAGGAGGAUGAAGAAAGUGGUGGGGAUAAUUUACAUCGAUAUUGUGAGGAUUCCUCAUUUGUUUUGCAUGGAAACACAAAUUGGCCUGUCACUAAUGGUGUAAGAGAUUUAAUCAAUGACAGUGACUGGAACAACGAGGGAACAAUGUUUGGCUCUAAGUUCAACCAAGAAUGGAUUUCUGACCAACCAAACCAGAUGGACAGUCAACAGGACAAAUGUCAAUGCUACCAUAUCAAUGAUGCUAGCAUAGCACUGAUGGCCAAUGUACCACAAAGCUCAAACAGACUUAAGAACAGCAUGUCCUGCUGUAUUCACAGUCUGCAACAGUGCUCCCCUGAGCUGUUCUCUCACAGUGACUCCUCCUGUGACAGUUCUGAUGGCAUCCUGGUUAACUUCUGCACGAUUUACAACAGGAGCAACAACCCUGCUACUCCUCUGGACCUCAGCUGUCCCACGCUGGAGUCAGCCCAGGGCUCUGUGUUCCUAAACCUCCAUCCUGUACCGCACAGUCCACAGCAGGAGCUCCGAGCUCAGGCUGUGCUCUCCCCUCACACCCUGGACUCCAACUGUAACCUGUACUGUGUGGAGCCUCUGCAUGCAGGUCUUUCCUCUCUGGAAGCCUCAGAUCUGAACGCCUGUCUCCAAAGCCGGACUGCGCUGCCUAUGGGAACCAAUCAGAAGUACUAUAAGCUUGUGUUAUGUGACCUCUCCUCCCAGACACCCAGUCCUGCCUGGUGCAGCUCCUCCAGCUGCCCUGGGGGACAGAGCAAGAACAGCCAUUUCUCUGAGGAGGAUCAUCAACAAAAUGAACCCAGAGAGGGCAGAGGGGACCAGCAUACGGAGGGGUGCUUCUCUACACUAGAGUUCCCUGUCGCCUCCUCCUCCACAGUGGCCUGCUGGAGGAAGCACUUCUUCCACACAGCAUGUUCGCUGAGCUCUAGCCAGAGCAGCCCACAAGGCAGUAAGUGCCAGGGUACAAGCACAGAGACUCAGCCAUCUGGGCUCUUGGACUGUGAUCACAGUGAUGAACAAGUCACUGACAGGGGGCUGUGUUCAGGCUAUACCACUGUGGAGCGCUUCACUAAAGCUCAGAGGCCGACCUCACUCCCUAUCCAGCCAUUUGUCCUGGUCCCCACAGAAAAGCCUCCUGCUCAGUCUCAGCUCCUGGGGGGUCUUCUUGAGCAGUAUAUUCAUCAAAAGAACAGUAGAGAAGUCAGCUCCCAGCCAAGCGUCACUUUUAAGGGCAAGAGAAGCCAGUGCUUUACUAAUAUGCAACUCUCUCCUAUGGGCAGCCAGUGUCCCAUCUUUCUUGAGGCUCCCUCCAGCUCAGACACUUGUUCUACCUGUACACCUAGCCCUGAUUGUUUCCGACACAUAUGGAGCCGCUCGGGGACAAGUCCUUCCAUGUUACAACCAAACAGCGAACUCAUACAUGAUCAAACAAGCCCUUUCUCAGACAAAGAUGUACUUUUAGCACCCAAUAGAGCCACGCUGGUGAAAAUCCCUACAUACCACAAUCUUAUCCACCUCACCCCAGAGCAGCAGGAUAAUCAGUUUAACAAGUCUAAAUGUAACAGCUCCAAAAGUUCUGUAUACACUAUGACCCCACCCACUUUACCUUUAACAGAUGACACCCAUCACCCAAACCAAGUGUCCGUGACUCCACCCUCUCCUGUAACAGGCCAGAAUAAGCAGCCCCAGUAUCGUUCCACACCUGUUCCUGGGUUUGUGCAUAGCACCCUGACCGCAGCAGUGUCUUCUGCAGCCCCUCUCUCCUCUCUGCUGAGAUCCUGGACUUCCUACGGGGCCAGUGGAAGACACAGCCAACCCAGUGAGAGGGUGCCUGUUGAGUUCUGCCUGUCCCCUGAUACCUCCUAUGAGUCUUUGUCCAUCAGCCACCUUCAGCGGAGAGGUUUGGUGAGAGCUGUUAGCAGAGCGGUGGAUUUAAUCAUGGCACAUUUUGGCAGCAGCAGAGACCCAGAGGAAAAGUUGCGGCUAGGUGACAGCUCCCGCAGUCCAACCAUUGCUGGCUUAGUUCUUGAGCAUUUGUGUCCAUCAAUACAGAAUAUUCUAGAAGAUGGUCUCAGGGACCACAAACUGGAUCCAAUCAUUGGGCAAAGACCAACCCACUCCUGGAGGGUCGUGGAGGUCUCGACAAGGACAGGUCCGUCUACCAAAGUUCUCAACUGUCUGGUUUCAAAAAUCAAACAAUAUCCACAGCUCACAGACCACUGUAUGAGGCUGAGGGCCUUCAUCAUGGGGCUACUCAACCUCAGAUCUUUGGAGUUCUGGCUUAGUCAUCUUAAUAGUCAGAAAGAUGUGGUAACUAGUCACUACCACUCGUGGGGGUUCCUGUGCCUGUCACUAUGGCGCUGUCAGCCGCUGUUCCAGGAGCUGUUACUUCUGCUCCAGCCACUCUCUGGGCUGCCUUUUGACCUGAACCUGCUGCUCGAGCCCCGACUCUUAUGUAAUAGACAGCUCUGUACCGAGGGCCAUGGGGCUCUCCCGGCACCUUCCUCAGGUCUGUUAGCCACCAGCUGGCCACUGCUGCAAGCUGACAGGGCACGCAGCAAUGUACAAAUCAACACUUCACAUCAAGUACAUGAGUGGCACCCAAGAUCAUCUCAACAAGAGGCACAAUUGAGCAACGGUUGGGCCAGAGAUUCAGAGCCUGUUUGUGGUCUGGUUAAAGGUGAAGACUGUAGCCAGGACAGUGCUGAUCACUGGUCCCAGAUAAGUAUGGAGAGCAAACAGGAGGAGCAGAAAAACUUGCCUGUCCCAAAUGAGAGUCAGUGUGAAAGUGGUUUACGCUGGGCCAAACUGUUCGGAGCAGCAGAUCUAUCUACAAGUGCAGCCAUGGUUUCUCAAAGUCACACAGAAAAACUGCGGAAACGGUUCAACAAGAGGCCAUCAGAGUGGCUGCAUGUGGACAGAUCCCAGUUAGGACUGUUAGCUCAGUCACUCAUGUCCAUGAAGCUGUAGGGGCUGCUGUGAGCAAUACAAACAAAUAUGGGUUGUGUGAGUGCACAGGAACACCUUUUAAGAAUUGCACAGACCCCACACAAAAGCACAAUUAU